AUGGUUGUCGUUGCUCCUGUAAAUCCAAAUGCAGUUGUAGUAGCAUUAGUUACGACUGGAUGUUUGAAAUCAGAAUUUGAUUCAACUUAUCCUAUUCAUUUAAAUGGAAUAAUAAGACAAGAUGAAUUUCAGCAAUCAAUUCAUAAUAUUAAUCAAACAAUCUCUUCACGAAAAUCUCUUCUUAUUUUGGGUCUUAUCUGUAUUAUUUGUACAGUAGGUGGAAUGAUAUUAUUUAUUAGUGGCAGCCUAACAGCUUCAAAACUUGGUUCACAUGGAUUUCCUAUAUUACUUGGUAUUGGAUUAGGAGUGUUUGUUUUAGGAAUGUUAACCUUAUCAUGUGGAUGUUUUAUUGUACAAACAAGACGUAUGACUCGAAUGCGACAAGCAGUUGCAAAUGAAUCAAUAAAAUAUUCGACCCGAACACCAACACCAUGUAGUUGGCGAUUAGAUGCAACUAGAGCUUGGGCUGGAGGAUACGGACGUGGUCAGAGAAUUAGAUUGGUUUACCAUUUAAUUAUUGAAAUUGGACAUUCUAAUCUUCCACAAAAUGGAAAUUUAUCAUAUCAAUUCAAUCAAGCUGUUCCUCAAUCAACAGUAUUUUCUUCACAACAAAAUAAUAUGCCACCUCCACCAUAUUAUGAUCAAUCUGCUGCAGGAUUUUGUUCUCAAUGUGGAAUACCUAGAGAAAGUAUUACAUCAAAAUUUUGUUCGUCAUGUGGUCAUCCUUUCCAUUAUUAA